AUGGUGGUAGGUGUUUAUAAACUCUUAUUCUUGGGUCCUCCUUUGGCCGGUAAAGGUACUCAGUGUAAGAUGCUUUCUGAAAAACUGAGAAUUCCUCAUAUCUCUUCUGGUGAUAUUUUGCGGCAAGAGAUGCAAAAGGAAACAGAUCUGGCCCAAUAUGUACGAGAAAGACUGGCGGCGGGAAAGUUCGUUUCUAAUGAGGUAAUUAGGGUUUUGGUUAAUAGUGCGAUUAAAGGUAUUUCGGGUGGAUUUAUUUUAGAUGGAUAUCCUCGGACUUUAGAUCAGUUAGAGUCGAUUGAUUUUGAGUAUGAUAGGAUUAUAGUGAUUGAUACGCCAAUUGAUUGUAUUUUAGAUAGGGUAGAGGGGAGAUUGUGUCAUCCGGGGUCGGGACGUAUUUAUCAUACUCGGUACAAUCCGCCGCGUAUGCCUGGUCUAGAUGAUAUAACGGGCGAGCCUUUGGUAAGACGUGAGGAUGAUCGAGUUGAGUUAAUUAGACAUCGAGUUUUAGAUUAUAUUGAGAAGACGGGAGAAGUUAUUAAACGGGGUAUAGAACUUAAAAAGGUCACACUUAUUAAUGGUAAUGGGCCGAAAGAACUUAUUCACCAGCAAAUUCUGGCUGAACUAGAGAAAAUCAAGCCAAAAUGCUAA